CGGUUCCGGCACGGUCUCGUCUCCAAACCCGGACCCCGGCGCUCCGCCCGGUGGAUCUCCGGAUCCGUGCGUCGUUCUUCAACGCCGGUUGGUGGAUCUUGAAAGCUUUCUAGAAUCUCGAAAGAGGAAUAAGUCAUUUUCAAGGCAUGGAGUUAAGAAGUUGCAUCCACUUGCAUUCUAUCCAGGCAAUUAAAAAUGGCCAAGUGACCAAAGUCCUAAAUAUAACGCGUGGAAGGCCAGCACUUUUAUUCAAGAAAGUUGCUGAUUUGUGUGGUUCAGGAGAUGUCAAAGACCUCAUUACCUUCCGAAAGUUUGAGCCAAAAGAUGAACUUGAUGUCUCAGAUUUUGAUGACGAUGAUGAUGUCAGAGGUGGAUUAUAUCCUGACACGGUGGGAAGAAAAACAACUCGAUCCAACUUGAAUUGUUCAAAGUUCAACCAUGUUGAUGAAAAGAACAGUCUUCUAGAUGAUUUUUGCCUGCAAAAUAUGACAUUGAAUCAAAUUAAAGAGAGAUGUAAAAUGCAGAAACGGAAACGAAUCUUGUGGGAAGAUUCCAGUGCAAUUGAUGAUGAUUCUCGCUCUCCUAAAAAGGAGGUUCGUUCUCACUCUCUUCCUGAGGAAGAUGAACUUGAUCUCGAGGAGCCUCUGAUUAUUUGGAAAGCCAAAAUGAAGAACUUCAAAGGCAAGAAGGUUUCCCUUAAAAAAUGCGAAGAUUCAUCAUGUCAAAGUGCCAAAGUAGUUGUCAAAGCAGUACAGAUCCCAUCUCCUCAACCAACCCUGCAAUCUGAAGGGAAUUUAUGUAUGCCUAUUUCUGUAAAAGUUGAGGAUGAGGCCCAUGACUGUGGUUCAAACUCACAAACUGGAGUUGGUGCUCCCAGAGAUUCCUUAGAAGUUGUCAAUGAUGGACAAGCCACCUCCAAUGUGACAGUUUCCAGUGAAGUGCCUAACCCGGCUAAUGAAUCUUAUCAGGAUAAUCAGAUUUCUGUCGGUGAAGAAUCUGAGAUUUGUGUUCUCAAUAAAGUGCCAUAUGAAGACGUGGAGCAUGCCACGUUGGCAUCUGAAUCGUCCAACCUUGACGUGGCAAUUUCAGUGGUCAGUAACUUGGAAGUACCAAAGUCAAAUUAUUGGGAAUCGGAUAUACAUAUAUCAGAGGCACAGGAAAUAGCAUGUCAUACAAAUUUCCUCAGCCUUGAAGCCCCUUCUCAAAGUUCUGUAAAUGACUUUUGUGGUAAUCCCAACAACUGCGAAGAUUAUUUAUCGACACACACUGUGACAUUACACCUAAGCAGUUCCAGUCAAGAUCCAGAUGGGUCCUCUUGCAGCAGUCAGCCCACAAAACAACCCUGUGGAGAUGGCGUAGGCAUGUCUCAGGAUGAUGCUGGAGAGAGUAUGCUUUAUGAUCAUGAGAGAAUUUCUACGAAAAGCAUUGUUGGUGAUUGUAACUCAGCUUGCAAUGCAAAUCUCAAUCCAAGUUGUGGUGUCUGCUUGGACUCUCCUAUCGAAUUGGAGAAACAAUGUCAUUUAUGUACUGGUGAUGAUGCGGAAAUCAGCUGCACCGCAGAUGUCCCUCCAUGUGAUGUUGCGGAGCCCACAAAACAACCCUGUGGAGAUGGCGUAGGCAUGUCUCAUCAUGAGAGAAUUUCUAAGAAAAGCAUUGUUGGUGAUUGUAACUCAGCUGGCAAUGCAAAUAUGAAUCCAAGUUGUGAUGUCUGCUUGGAUUCUCCUAUCAAAGUGGAGAAACAAUCUCAUGUAUGUACUGGUGAUGAUGUGGAAAUCAGCUGCACCACAGAUGUCCCUCCAUGUGAUGUUGCUGAUGAUCCUACAACCUUGCAAAUGUUUGAAAAGUUCGAUCAGUUGAAGUUACAUUGUGCACCCUGGAGGUUUUUUUCUGCAAGAAAGGUCAUAUCUCCAACUUCUCAGGAAAGACUGCGUAAAUUGAUGGGUGCAACAGAGUCAAAUGAUGAUUGUUAUGGAUCUAGGGGAAAAGUGUACUCACAGAAACAGACGGAGACGGAGUCUUUGGGAGUUGAAAGGUUCAAACUGAUCAGAAGGGCUGAACUACCUCCAAACCCCAAACGUAAGAAACUAAAAAGCAAUAAAAAAGGAUCACCACCUAAAGGCAAUCACAAAGAUUCUAAUCUAUCUGGCACUGUACCGCGUGUAAACUCCAGUCAGAGUUGUUCUCAGAGUGCGAUUGCAUUCUCUCAACGGCAGAUGCAAGACUUUGACAAUCUGGCAACAAAACUCAUGACUGAGUUGAAUGUUAUGACGGAUAUCGUGGAAGGGAAUUCGGGUGGUGAUAGCUGUCUCACAGGAAAUACAAAAUAUACAACAGAUGAGGUAAAGACUGCCAUUGAAAAUGCCAGUAAAGUGAAAGAAACCGCACGGAAGUGGCUUUCCAUGAUGGCGAGGGACUGCAACCGUUUUUGCAAAAUAAUGAGAUUAACUGAGGACUGUCAUCCGAUGACGGAACAUAAGGUUCACAAGGAAAGAAAGAAGAUUACGUUUGCUGAUGAAGCUGGUGGCGAGCUGUGUCAUGUCAAGUACAUCGAGGACAGCAUGGCUUCCCUCCUGGCAUCAAAUAAUGAAAAUCAGGAAGCGACGGUGGAAUAAUUGCUUGUUCUCUUUUUUACCUUCAUCUGCAAUUCAGGGGCAAUAAGAGAAUAUUUACUGGUGGUUCUUAAGGAAUUGGAUACUCAAGGUGUAGAGCCCGAGUUGCCUCAUUCUCGCGAAGAGGAUAGAGAAUAGAGAUGUGCACUUGGACGAUGCUCAUCGAAUUGAGUAGAUCUUGUCCAAACUGUACAGACUGAUUUUUUUCGACUGUUCACAUGGGAAAUGCUCCCUGUUUGUA